CAGCAUUUUGUCUGUGCUCGAUGUGAGAAACCAUUUCUUGGACAUAAACACUAUGAACGAAAAGGAAUGGCAUACUGUGAAACUCACUACAACCAGUUGUUUGGUAAUAUCUGCUUUGUCUGCAAUAAAGUGGUUACUGGCGGUGAAGCUGUGAUUGUCAUGAAUAAAGCGUGGUGUCCUGAUCAUUUUGCUUGUAUUGGAUGUGAUACUCAUCUUACUCUAAAGAGUAAAUUUGUUGAGGUUGAUAUGAAGCCAGUAUGUAAACGUUGUUAUGAGAAGUAUCCACCUGAUCUGAAGAAACGACUGAAGAAGUGGACUGAAGAAACUGUCAAACAAAUAAAAAUCCCAAUUGUUCUUCCAAGACUGCCUAAAUUUUGAAAUUCCUGUGGAUGUUGGAUAAGUUGCUUUCUCUCUCAUCUUUUUUUUUUCUUCUACAUGUUACCAGUGAAAAUACCCAUUCUCCAAUCCAGUCAUCUUUUUCUUUCAGAUUUCUAACAAUAUUAGUCCAGCUAUAUUAAAGGGCAGUGGUCGUAGUACAGUGCAUGUUUAAAUUUCAUGUAAACAAACAAUGUAUUUUGUUGUGCACGUCGUUAUGAGUUCCAUAUCGAACAGGACACAGCACAAUGAUCACCGCCCUUUAAACUUUAACAAUGUUAA